AUGACAGAUAAAUGGUUUCAUGUCAGAAUUGAGGAGUGGGUGGUUUUAGAUCCUGUAGAUACUCACAGACAGACAGAUAAAGAGACAGAGACAGACAUAUACAUAUACAGACAGACAGAUACUCACGGACAGACAGAUACAGUAACUCAGCUUCCCCCAACCAAGAACUCCAGCAUAUACCUCUUCAAGUCAGCGUUCUUGCAUAAUCUGACUCUCCAGUGGGGGACGAAAACUAAUUAUGUUCUAAAAUGCAGGAGAUAUCGACGCUUCAGCAAUGUCAGUGACGCAGUUUCUAGAAAGCUUUCGACAACCAUAGGCUGGAGAACGGUCAGCAUACAGGAGGUUGUUACACAGUCAAAGAGUAUGUGCGGUCAACACAUACGUGCUUGGUUGAAGCGCAGAAGUCUGUUCAACAAGCGCCUCGGUCUUCAAAGACUAAAAAGCGUAUCCAACCUCCCUGGCAGUAUGGCGGUCUGUGAUGUUUUUGUACAGUUAGAAGCCCUCUCGUUAGAGAUGGAAAGACGACAUCCAAAACUUUAUACCGGAGUUUGCAACCAGAUGGGGUUGACUGUGGCGAGUGAGAAAUCCAUGGCGAAGGCGUUAAGUUCCAUGGCGCUGGAGAUAUUUAAAGUUGAUAUUACAUGGUUUAAGAUUGCCAGCUUUUAUAAUCUUGUGAGUGGAACUGCAGUGGAUUGUGUGAAACAAGGCCAUCCAGAGUAUUUGUAUGGUUUGGUUGAAGCUGCAGGGUUGGUUAUAGAACGUGAUGUAGCAAACUGGAUUGCAAACCAAGGAGGCUGGGUUGCGAUCCUGUCUAAAUACCGAACUCCUGAGGAUAGCAGUGUGUUCCAGAUGAUCGCGCUGUCUGUCGUCGGUCUGAUCGUUUUUCUCGUCGCGUUCGCGAUUGUUUUAAAGACAAUAGGAAAUUUGUUUUUCUUUUACCAAUCCUAGCAGUUCUCCUCUCAACCAGUCAAAGUAGUUCUCCUCUCAACCAAUUCUAGCAGUUCUCCUCUCAACCAGCCCUAGCAGUUUUCCUCUCAACCAGCCCUAGCAGUUCUCCUCUCAACCAGUCCUAGCAGUUCUCCUCUCAACCAAUCCUAGCAGUUCUCCUCUCAACCAAUCCUAGCAGUUCACCUCUCAACCAAUCCGAGCAGUUCUCCUCUCAACCAAUUCACGCAGUUCUCCUCUCAACCAGUCCGAGCAGUUCUCCUCUCAACCAAUCCUAGCAGUUCUCCUCUCAACCAAUCCUAGCAGUUCUCCUCUCAACCAAUCCUAGCAGUUCUCCUCUCAACCAAUCCUAGUAAUUCUCCUGUUUUUCCAGUUACGUUGUGAUUUCAUACUUUUACUAUAUAUAAAUCCUUAGUUAGUUAAAUGACAGAAUCUAAUAAUACUUGAGGAGCAAGUGUGAAAAGAUGCCAACAGAUGGAUCCGAUAUUAUAAAGAUCAAACAGUUUUUGGCAAAUCCAGAGUUUAUCUUGUCAAACUUAAUUAUAUUAUGUUAGUUAUUUAUUUAUGUCACACAGUUUAUAUUUGUUGUUAAAAAUAUAAAUGCAUUAUUUAA